AGGCAAUUGGUGCACUAGGUAAUCUGUAGGUUUUAUCAUUAUCCCAAGAGCCAACACUACUGUGAAAAAACUGUUCUUCUUAUGCCGAAAGCCAUAAACAGAAAUCCUUUGAACGGACUGUACCAAUAAUCCCAGCAUAACCUUCUUGCCUCUCCACACACUGCCACAGCCCUAGGUCUUGUCCCUUAAACUAUGACCCCUAAGGAAAGCAAACCGUUCUGCGCUUUUACCAUCUAUCCCCGUACAAUACGUACGGAAAUAGUACAGCUAGAUAUUGAGACAGGCACGCACCCUAAAUUUACGAUUCUUUCUCAACUUUACUGUGUGGUCUUGAUCACUCAUUACCUCCUGUACCUCUCGAAGUUAAUUGUUUCGUCUUAGUUCUUUGGAUUUGCAGUCCUAUCUAAUUUGUAUUUAUCGGGGAGGUUAUUAUUCUUAUUAUUAUUAUUCCCCCACCCCUCUCUUUUUGUCUCAAUUGUUUAGUCUUCUUGGAACUUCCCCCAGAUUUGGUUGCUCUUAUUUGAUCGAUCGUGAGUUGGUUCGUAAGUUCCUUACCUUCUUCCUCUCCUCUCCGGUGCUUUAUUCCCGCGUUCCUGCAGCCCUCGCGUGUUCGGGCUUUGUCGCUCCAUCAACGUCACCUGCUCGCCCUCCUCUCUUCCCUCUCCUCCGACCAUCCCCUCUGCCUGCUGCUCUUAUCCUCUUUUCUACACUACUACGACUACCAUCCGCCUGCCACAGUGGUGAGCCGUAAAUCACUUCGACAAAAUUUCUCUUUCCCUUUCCAAGUUUGCCUUUUUUUUAAAAAAAAAAAAAAAAA